AUGAAAAGGGCGCCAUUUUUAGCUAUCAACUUCGUCAAGGUAGGAAAAGUUCAGAAGUAUCAAGAAUUUAUAUUUCCGACAGCUGAGAGAAAGGAACCGGAAAAAGACAGUUUUGACGGAACCGCCUCCAGCUACUACACAGUUUCCGGCGGGUUUUCAACUCUUGGACUGCUUCCCACCCUUACUCAUUAGCGUGCGAGUGAAAACUGAGACCGUGGUGCAAAAUAUACGAGCAAAAGCCGAAUUUGGCUGA